AGCUCCACAUAACAUCGCACUUCUGCCCUAUUGUCGCUUAAUUUUCUGAAAUGUACCGGUUCGGAAAUCAGCAGUAAAAACUCCACAGCGCGUCACUGUGGAAACUGGCCCCACGUGUUAUCGUUUGCUUUCUUAUAAAGAUUAAAUCACUGCAGGUACAUAAGACGGCCUAUUGGGUUAUAAAUCACUGAACGGAGCCAAAAUAUGUUUUACCUUUAUUUUAAUUAUGAAUGGGGACAAAAAACAUCCAGUGGCUUUUAUUGAAAUGACAUUUUCCAAACGAUAACACGUUGGACGAGUUUCCACAGUGACGCUGUGGAGUUUUUACUGAUGAUUCCUGAACCUUGCGUCAGACUGCAGUUUAUUAAGGCGAGUCCACAGAGGGACGGACUCAUGUGGACCAGGAAGCUGAUGGAGACACAGUAAACAGCUGACAUGUAAACUAAGUCCAUUUUUAAACAUUGUAGCCAUUUUUAAUCAUUUUGUUGAAGGUAGUUUUUUAAAAAAAAUCACAUUUUAAGCUGCUUCGCUGUUAUUUCGAGCAGCGGCUGAAUAAUUUCACGUCUCUGGACUUCAUGAAUACGGACUUGGAGGAGCAGGAAGACGAGCUGCUCGCCCUGCAGAGCAUAUUUGGUUCGGAAGAGUUCCUCCGAAGUGAGUCGAAGUCUGCCGGAGAAUUCCGAGUUUCCGUGGAGCUGCCAGCGGGAUUCACUGUGCUCCUAAAACACGGUGGAACGAUAAGGCAGUAUGACGUCUCUUUCCUUCCACCGCUGAUUCUGACCUUUGAACUUCCUGGAGAUUACCCAUCCUCCGCCCCUCCCUCCUUCACUCUCACCUGCAGCUGGCUGACUCAACCACAGCUAACGUCCCUGAGUGAUCAGCUCACAGAUCUCUACCAGGCCACUGGGGGCGCUGUGGUGCUCUUCUCCUGGAUCCAGUUUCUAAGAGAGGAAGCCCUGAAGCAGCUGGACAUCCACAAUCUGCUGGAGCUUCCUUCUGACCAGAACCAUUCUUCCUCAGCUGCAGACAGUUCUGAACUUCCUGCGUCUGUUCUGGCCGUACAGGAAGUCGUCCCUCCAAACGAAAACCAAAGUGACUCUGGUCUCUCUUUGACUGCGUCUCAGAUUCUCCUGUCCCAGAUUUUGAUCCAUGAUGCAGAGCAGAAACAAAAGGUGUUUGCCGCCACGCCGUUUGACUGCGGCGUGUGUUUCUCGAGCCGGCUCGGGUCCGAGUGCGUGCAGCUGUACGAGUGCGGCCACAUCUUCUGCCUGGCCUGUCUCGACGAGUUCUGGAAAGCCCAGAUUACGGAGGGGAACGUCCGCGGCGUUACCUGUCCUCAGGUAGACUGCUCUGCCACGCCAACACCUGCACAGGUGAAAAGUCUUGUAGGAGAGGAGCUCUUUCACAGAUAUGAUCGUCUUCUGCUACAGUCUACCCUGGACGUCAUGCCUGGUAUGCCUAUCUAUAAUGGAGACCUAUUAUGCAAAACACACAUUUUGGACAUUUUUGUGCUUCCAUUUAGGUUUGAACUGCUUCUGAAAACAACCUGGAUGUUUAAGAACAAAACAGCCAGAAGUUUUCUGACAAUAAGUACAUGUUUUUGGUGUCUGGAAAAUGAGCCGUUUCUAAAACCUUCUGAAUGUAACGUCACAAAUCAGCAGGCACACAUUCCACCCCCCUUACCUAGCAACCACGGAGUUCUGCCUGUUACCUAGCAACCCGAGCUGAGCUCCAGCACGUUUGGUCAGCUGGUUUUACUGCUGUAUGCGCUGUACAAUGGCUGCUGGAAAACACAAGAGUUUUCUCGUUGACUUAAAAUCCAGAAACCUCUUGCUGCAUUGUUGUUGGUUGUGAAGGAGGUUUCAUUUCUGCUUUUCAAAGAUGUACGGUUGUAUAAUGGUGAAUCUGUUUGCAGCUGUUUUUACAUGCGAGUAUAAACGUUGAGUUAUUGUGCAAAAAAAUUUAUGAACAUGUUUUGUAUAAGCUAUUCUAUCCUGUUGAAGGAAACAUUAGAGGUCAUACAUUUCAGGGUUAAAGGAAAACUACACAUCCUCAUCUCUCAUUUUUUACUUUUCAUUUUUAGACAUCACUUAUUGUCCUCGGCUUACUUGCGGUUCUGCUGUGAUCUUGGAGAAGUCCAGCCCUGCAGCGAUGUGCUCUGUCUGCAGCUUUGCUUUCUGUGUAGACUGUAAAAAAACGUACCAUGGAACAAGCAAGUGCUACGAAGAGCCUGACUUGUCUACAGAGAAGAGUGAAGAUCAGCUGGUAGCUUUACCAAAGACAGGAGAGGGGAUCCAGGCGCUUAUGGAGGAUUAUGCUAAAGGCGGCAAGCGGAGGCGUCGCCUCCUAGAAAACAGAUAUGGCCGUAAAUUGUUUGUCUACACCUUUGAAAAGCACGUUAGCGACAAAUGGAUAACCACCAACACCAGACCCUGCCCUCACUGCUUCUCCCCAAUACAGAAAGAUGGCGGAUGCCACCACAUGUUUUGCACUCAUUGUAAACGGAAGUUUACGUGGCAGUGACUCUGUAGACUUGACUCUUUAGAACAGUCUUUCUCAAACUUUGGACCGCGGUCGCCCCCUACCGGCCCCCCAGGGACUGCACGUAAACGACCGUUUAUUUACCGUGACGUCAGCUCGAAGUGCGACGCUACAGCUAGCUUAGCAAUGGAUUGUGUUUAAAAAUAAUUAUGAAUCAAAUCGGAUACCGGUGGAAAGAAAACAACGCCAGGAAUACUUUUAUGCAGAGGUGAGCAGAGUACUAAAAAAGUUUACUGAAGCAAGAGUAGUUCUGCUUCGACAUAUUUUUAAUCAAGUAAACAUAAAAAGUAGCCUUCCAAGAAAUUAUUCACGUAAGAAUAAAAAAGUAUUACAAAAAGAAUUACAGCUGUAAUAUAACUAACUUCAGUCCCUGCAGCUUUAACAAGGAUUUUAUAAC